AUGUCUGACACCGGUCGCAAGGAUUUCUCCACCAAGGCCAAGGAGGAGUUCACACCUGACUCCACCAAGUCCACCCAGGACAAGCUCAAGGAGACUGUCACCGACACUACUGACCGCGCUAGCGGUGGCUUGCAGACCGAUGAUAGCAAGGGUGUUGGCCAGGAGGUCUUCGAUAAGACCCGGCGUGAAAAGGACCACCAGGUCCAUGGCGGUACCACCGAAUCCAUUGGUGACAAGAUCAAGAAUACAAUCGGCCUCGGUAGUAACUAA